AUGUUCUCCGCCUUGUACGAGAAUUACCACGAAGCUUUCAAGCGGUACGUGGUGGCCGAUGCGAAUGUCUUGCAGGAGUUCUGGCGGCUACAGAAGAAGCACCCGCAGUUCAACGACCACCCUGUGGUAAGCCAGGCUUCCUUUGAGCCUCGAAAGUUCGUGCCGCUUUCUUUACACGGCGAUGGAACACCUGCAAUAGGUGUCGGGAAGAUAUGGAGCCGAAUGUUAACCACCUGGAGCUGGUGUAGCCUGGUUGGUGGUCCUGCCUGGACCAAGGAUUCGCAACUGCCCAUUUAUUUCCUCUUCGAUGAAACAGAUGACGGCACAGCAGCGACUACCUUCCUCAGCAUGCUGGCCUGGAGCUUCAAGGUGCUGCAAGAAGGUCUUUGGCCCUUUGCAGACCACAAGGGCAACCUGUACCCGCCCACGAGCGACCUGGGCCGUAAGGCAGGAUCGCCCUUGGCGGGGGGGUGGAAAGGCGUCAUCUGGGCAUUGGUCGGCGAUCUUGAGUAUAUGGUCUCAAGAUUGAACAUGCCACAUUUUGGCCAAAAGCACAACCCGUGCGGCCUUUGCAAAUGCUCGGGCGACGAGACUUCCACCUCCUGGAGGAAUUGCAAACCGACAGCGCCAUGGCUCAGCAUGCAAUGGUCUUUGGCAGAGUGGCGGUCUUUUCCGGACCGCCCGAAAAACCCGCUGUUCGACAGCGGAGUAUGCUCUGCACUCAGUUGCCACAUGGACUACAUGCACACGAAGUACUUGGGGCUGGAUCCUCUGGGAUUCGGGAGUGUGCUGAGCUUGCUCGUCAACUUCGUGUUGCCCGACUCACCUCUCGCGAAUUUGCGAUGUGUGUGGGAGCACCUGCUCAGCUCCUACAAAGCCUUGAAAAUCGUGGAAAGGUUCAGGGGCAUGAGAAAGCUCAGUCUUUUUCAGAGGAAGAAGCUCCCGCCGAAACUCAAGGGGAGAGCCAUGCAGAUCCAGGCUCUGGGGGAACCACUACUCCUCUGCUGGCAGAAUUUCAUGAACAAAGACCUCGAAAUUCACCUCAAGAUCGAGAACUACUUGAAGGUGAAUCUAGCCCUCGAGAAGAUCCUGCAUGCUACGAGGACCGAGAUGGCCAUGCCUCCAGACCAUGCGGAGAAGUUCAAGAAAUUGGCUUUCGGGCUCUGCCAGCUGCACCGACAGCUGCGGGAACACUUUGAAGGAAACUACUUCGCAGACCUCCCGAAGAUGCAUUUCUUCUUGCAUGCCUGCCUUUUGGCAGAUGUGCUGCAUCCCCGGCUCACAUGGUGCUUCAAAGGAGAGGAUCUUCAGAAGAUCUCUCGAACCUUGGCUGGCUCCUGCUGCCGGGCUGUGACCGGCCCUCGGGCUGCGGCAAAAAUGUCGCAGCAGCUCCGCAUAGCUUGGCACUUGCGGCUGGACAGGCUUUGUGGAGAGUGA